AAAAAAGAGGGGGGUUGUGCGGUGAAAGGUAAAGCACUAUACCGAGCAUCUAUCUCCUAGCUUUUGUCAUCGGUUUGCUAGCUUGCUGAAGCUCAGUAUGGCUUCUCCGUGUAACGAGAAGGGUUUCUGCGUGGGGGAUGUAUGUUCUACAUGAGUGCUGGACUUUGGCAAGUUGAAGAUUCGCGCUAUUUUAUUGGAAUAUUCUUUAGGGCUUUACUCAAAGAUCGCUAUGAGCGACAUAGCCCUUAGACGGGCCAUCGGCCAAGGGGCUCGCGUUCUGAGACAGGCCAGGGCCAUGUUCACUACGUCAUCACCCGACGAGGCUGCGGCGGCCACCAGAGUGAGGUCAGCGUCACCGGAUGCGUCGUCGGAGUCGACGGCGGACCUGAAACCUUUCAUGGACCUCCCCGGCCCCAAGGGCUGGCCUAUUUUAGGCUCGUUCCCAGAGUACUUCAAGAAGGAAAACCAAGGACAGAUGCACGAGUUGAUGAGACGAAGACACAAGGAGUUUGGUAAAAUCUUCCGUGAACAGUUCGGGCCCAGGCACAAUGUAGCCGUGGCUGACCCGGCUCUGAUGGAGGAGAUCCUGAGGAAGGAGGGCAAAUAUCCCUCCCGGCCUCCCUACGAGUCAUGGGUCCUGUACAACAACCUGAGGAACAGAAGGGGCGGGCUAAUGACCAGUGAGAAAGAGUACUGGCGACGAAGCCGGAGCGCCUUCGCGUCCACUCUCCGCCCUAAGGCCGUGUGUGAGUACGUGGACGGCAUGAACCAGGUGUGCGUGGACCUAGUGGACAGAAUCACCUACCUGAAGGACAAGGAGGCUGGGACACACCUGGUGCCCCGUCUGCUCAACGAACUCAACAAGUUCACCAUGGAAACGAUUUUGUACGUCAUGCUGAACAAGAGGGUCGGGUGUCUGGACAGGGAGGUGUCCGAGAAGGUCAACACCUUUAUCCAGUCCAUUGCCACCAUGUUCCUCACAGGUCACCAGCUCAUGGUCUACGCCAAUCUGCACAAGCUGCUCCGGACACGCCCAUGGAGGGAGCACGUGCAGUCCUGGGACAAAAUCUAUGACUUCGCUGCUGAACACAUCAAUCAACGCAUUGAUGAAGUGACCAAAGAACUGGACAGUGGGGUACCACCAGUUGAGGGUGAACAUGUUGACUUCAUGAAAUUUAUCGUGGGCACCCACCAGCUGUCUAGGAAUGAGAUUGUGGACAACGUGAUCGAAGUUUUCAUGGGCGGAAUUGAUACUACUGCCAACUCCCUGGCCUUCCUCUUCUACCUCCUGUCCAAGAACGAAUCAGUCCAGCAGCGCCUCAUCAACGAGGUGGACAACAUUUUAGGAAAGCGCCAACCCACCAGCGCUGACCUGCAGAACUUGACCUUCUUGAAGGCAUGUGUCAAGGAAACAUUGAGACUGUUCCCACCCAUCCCUAUGAAUGCCAGAACAACCACAGAGGACACAUCAGUAGGCGGAUAUUUCAUCCCUAAGGAUACUAUCCUUAUGAUGAACCUGUAUGUGAUGUCCAGAGACGAGAAAAUCUUUCCUGACCCGGAUGAGUUCAAGCCAGAGAGAUGGCUGCGAGGGUCCGAGGAGUCCACUGCCCCAGCCUUUUCCUUGAUUCCAUUUGGUUUUGGAACAAGAAGCUGUGUUGGUAGAAGAAUAGCAGAAACACAGAUUUAUCUGGCCACUGUGCAGAUUCUCCAGAGAUUUUGGCUGAAGAAGAGUGACCAGUUUGACAUCAAACCCUCCGUUCGAACACAACUGACCCCCGGGCCUGAACUCCCUGUCAUGUUCAUGGCAAGAUAAACAAGAACUCUUCUAAGUCAGAGUUCAAAUAAAAAGAGAUAGUAUUUAGUUCUGAUAUUCAGGUGUAUUUUAAAACCAUGGUAGCAGAGUUCUUGAUGGAUAUGACAGCUACCAAGAGACUACUCUAUAGAAAGUGUACAGAUGUUGAUGUGAGGUUUUGAAGUGUAAAUGUUAAGCCAGCAUGUUUCACAUGUUCAGAUGAACUUCAUGAUAUGUCGGUCUAAAGGAAUUCAUUCAUGGUUUACAUUUAAUUAGAGAGAGUUAAGAAAUAAAUGCAAGUUAAGAAAUACAUCAGUUUGUCCCUGCUGAAUUAAAUGUAUUUAUUUUGAUGGGUUAUCCUAGCUGAGAUUAAACAAACGUGACAGUUUGAGUUAGGGCCUAUUUAAUAUGAAACAUUUUUAGAGUUUUUAAGUCUUUUGGCUGAAUGUUCAAAUUUGUAGUUUUAAGGAACCUACUUUAAAGAAACAUACAUUAAUCAACAUGAUUACACUAAUUUGGCCUUAUUUUAAUAAUUAAAAAAAAUGAAUUUAGCAUCCAAGCCUAUGUUCAUGAUAAAGUAAAAAUUGAGGUGGUCAGAUUGAGCACACCCCAGUUUAUUCUGCUGUGUGUUAGAUUUUACAUUAUUGCGUGUAAAUUUGUCAUUUUGUACAGAGGUUUCAAGGAUAUUUUUGUAAGUAGCAUGUACAUAUUUUGCAACCAAAAAAGAAAACAAUGUGCAAUCAUUUUUGGAAAAAUUAUCUGGCUAUGUUGUCUUUUUCAUGCCAGGUUUUGUUUUGUUUUGUUUUCAAACUAUCAAGAAUAAUUUCAAUUUUCUUUUUUUUUUCUCACACUCUGACACUGCUAUCAAUGCAGCUCUCUUGUUUAAAUAACACCAGAGAAUAAACUGAAAUAUGCAGGCUACCUACAUCUAUAGGCUACCUGUAUGCAAAGGCUACCUACCUAUCACAGAUUGUUCCAAUUAAUAUAGCUGGAUAUCUGAGGCUACCCCAGCUAGCAGUAGCCCCUGUUAGUUUUUAUCAGAGGUUUGAUGAUCCUAAUCUAAUGCCUUUUCCAUGAAACAAGUCUGACUUGCAACUCCUAGUUUCAUUUUCUCACAAAGUUAACACUUCAGUAUUCAUCAUAACAAAUUUCAGUUGUCUUGUUUGUUUUUUAAAAAAUGUUCAAAUCAGAUUUUCACUUUAACUAAUUGAUAUUUUUUUCCUUCUUUUUAUUUCCUUAAAGUCUUGUAAGAGAAUUAAUCAGGUGUCUCAUUAUCAUUUAAAGAGAAAUGGCAUCCGAGCACACACAGUUACUCUACACGCCUUCCAUUUCUUUGCUCUUGUUCACUGGAUUGUGUCUUGUAAUGUCUUAUGAUCUUGUUGAAAAAUGACGGUGCUAUGUUAAACAAAGUUGGGUGUUUUCAGUGCUUCAAACCAUUUGUUUAUAUUGGAAACAAACAGAGCACAAACAUAUGUAUUAAUCAGUUUUUUGACAAGUGUUUUCAAUUGUUCAUUUAGUGUAAAAAAAAUACAAGGCGAACUUGUUUGCAAUAAAACGUUUUGUGAAUAAGCUUAUCUUUUCGAUUGGAUGUAACUGUUAUUGGUCUUAAUUUAAUAUUUAUUUUGUAAAAUACUGAACGUUUUGGGAAAAUGUUUUCAAUUAUGUACAUUUUAUGAUUUAUUUACUAGUACAUUUUAUUUAUUUACAAUGUAUUAUUAAUCAAAGGACAAAGUGUUUUUUUUUACAAUACAAUGCAAUAAAGGCUAAUUAUGA